AUGCCGUCUCAGACACCACCGCCCGCCACCUCAGGCAGCUUGCGGUACAAGACGACCGUGGAAGAGGUGGAGGACGAGGGCGACCAUCCACAGCGGCCUGACACACCGUCUGCGAAGUCCGAACCCGAGUCCGAGGACGGCGCUGACAACGCCGGCCCCUCUCUCCCGUUCCAGGACACGGAUGAUGCGUCUGAAGUGCGCGCUCCCCCUGCUCGGCCCGGACGCCCUCAACGGGUGAUUCCCAUCGCUGCAGGUGCACCCUAUCCGAACCCGAUUCCGCCUCCGGAGGUGCGUCGCUCCGUGCGUACACGUCGAGCGCCCCUUCGGGACGAUGACCCUCGUUUCCGCGUCUCCUCCUACAACCGCCGUCAAGCUGCCGAAGAACCCGCUCUGCCUGAGCAGCCGCAAGUCGACUCCGUGGAGGCACCGGACCCUGCAGUGGGCGAUGAGCACGCUCAUCGGGCUCUCACUCUCGACGGCGAGCCGCACACCUACGAAGAGGCCAUGUCGCGCCCCGACGCCGACAUGUGGCGGGCCGCAUGCGCCGAAGAGCUAUUUGCAUUCGCUAAGGCCGAACUCUACGACGAGGUGGAGAGGCCUCGAGGACGCAAGGUCGUGGGCUGCAAGUGGGUCUUCAAG